ACCUCUACAUAGUAUAUUUGUCUCGCUUGGCGUGAUUAUUUGAUCCAGUUUGCACCGUUAGAAAUCAAAGCAAUGGCAACGCGAAGUGAAGAGAUGCUGCACAUGAAUGGAGAUGCGUGUGUGAAGCCCAGAGAGAACGGCGAUGCUGUGAAUAAACAUAACGAGGCGGCCGCACGCGGAGACGUAAACUUACCUGGGCAGAACGGUCACUCAGAACUGCCCGAAAACUUCACUUUUAGUUCUGAACCCAGCCUUGAGGACAUAAGGCGGAUGCAAGCCCAGUUCACAGAGGAGCGGGACUGGAAUCAGUUCCACCAGCCGCGGAAUCUUCUGCUCGCCAUGGUCGGGGAGGUGGGUGAGGUUGCGGAGCUGUUCCAGUGGCGUGGAGAAGUAGCCGAAGGCUUACCGGACUGGACCGAAUCGGAACGGGAACACCUUGCCCAAGAACUUAGCGACGUCUUGAUCUACUUGGUCGAGCUGGCAGAGAAAUGCCAUGUGGAUCUACCUCAGGCUGUGCUCCGUAAAAUGGCUCUCAACCGGCUCAAGUACCCCGCCAGCAAGGUCCACGGUUCGGCCAAGAAGUACACAGAAUAUCAGGACUAAGCGCGGUUCGGCUUCUGCUUUCCCGUCUGACACAAGCUGCUGAUGCCAAAGACUUGAACAUCUACACAGUUCGGAUUGUGUUUGUUUUU